AUGUGUCAAGGAGAGAGCCUUCUGAGAGUGCUAAGACUGGAAUACAACCUGUCUUUGGUCCCAGCGACCUUCAGUCCUUGGGCCUCAGGACCCUCCAAGACCAGUGGGCUCCUCAGAACCCAGCUGAGGGACUUCCUUCCCCGAGGCUCAGGGAUCGUCACUCGGCGGCCUCUCAUCCUGCAACUCAUCUUCUCAAAAACAGAAUAUGCUGAGUUUUUGCACUGCAAGUCCAAAAAGUUUACAGAUUUUGAUGAAGUUCGGCAGGAGAUCGAAGCGGAGACCGACAGGGUAACGGGGACCAACAAAGGCAUUUCCCCAGUGCCCAUCAACCUGCGGGUCUACUCACCCCAUGUGCUGAACUUGACCCUCAUCGACCUCCCGGGCAUCACCAAGGUGCCUGUGGGCGACCAGCCUGCAGACAUUGAGUACCAGAUCAAGGACAUGAUCCUGCAGUUCAUCAGCCGGGAGAGCAGUCUCAUCUUGGCUGUCACACCUGCCAACAUGGACUUGGCCAACUCGGAUGCCCUCAAGCUGGCCAAGGAGGUGGACCCCCAAGGCCUGCGGACCAUUGGCGUCAUCACCAAGCUGGACCUGAUGGACGAAGGCACUGAUGCCAGGGACGUCUUAGAGAACAAGUUGCUCCCCUUGAGAAGAGGCUACAUUGGCGUGGUGAACCGUAGCCAGAAAGACAUUGAAGGCAAGAAGGACAUCCGUGCGGCACUGGCAGCAGAGAGGAAGUUUUUCCUCUCCCACCCCGCCUACCGGCACAUGGCUGACCGCAUGGGUACCCCACACCUGCAGAAGACCUUGAAUCAGCAACUGACCAACCACAUCCGGGAGUCGCUGCCGGCCCUGCGCAGCAAGUUGCAGAGCCAGCUGCUAUCCCUGGAGAAGGAGGUGGAGGAGUAUAAGAACUUCCGGCCUGACGACCCCACUCGCAAAACCAAAGCCCUGCUGCAGAUGGUCCAGCAGUUUGGGGUGGACUUUGAGAAACGGAUCGAGGGCUCGGGAGACCAAGUGGACACGCUGGAGCUGUCCGGAGGCGCCAGAAUCAACCGCAUCUUCCACGAGCGCUUUCCUUUUGAGCUGGUGAAGAUGGAGUUUGAUGAAAAAGACUUAAGACGAGAGAUCAGCUACGCCAUCAAGAACAUCCAUGGAGUCAGGACUGGGCUCUUCACGCCGGACUUGGCGUUCGAGGCCAUUGUGAAAAAGCAGGUGGUGAAGCUGAAAGAGCCCUGUUUGAAAUGCGUCGACCUGGUUAUCCAGGAGCUAAUCAAUACAGUUAGGCAGUGUACCAGUAAGCUCAGCUCCUACCCCCGGUUACGAGAGGAAACGGAGCGAAUUGUGACCACGUACAUCCGGGAACGAGAGGGGAGAACCAAGGACCAGGUACCAGCUCUUUGUCUCUGUGUCAGUUCUAACUUUCGUGUGGCCCAUUUUGGUGUGUGUUCUGUGACUGGUGACAGCAUACAGCAGCAUUAUCCUUCCUCCAUCAGUGGUAGAGAACCUUCCUAGCAAGCGCAAGGACCUAGGUUCAAACCCCAGCACCACCAAGAAAAAGAGAGUGCUUACCUAGCAUGCAUGAGGCCCUGGGUUCGAUCUCCAUUAUGGGAAAA